UGAUUGUUUGGGUCCUGCAGCCAAUGUAAGUGGCGGGUUCCAGCGGACGCUCUGAUUGGCUGCCUCAUUCCGGAUGUAUCAAUGUAAACAGCUGGCGGUCGCCGGGCUCCGCGCCGCAGUUCUGUACAGAACUUUUACAUUUCACAGUCACAGACCUGCAGGAAGUAUGGAAAAGAACCUGCAGCUGGUCAGGAAUAUUGUUCCACCUUUAAUCGAGAAAAAACAUAAAGGACAAGAUGGAAAGAUAGGGAUUAUUGGUGGAUGUACUGAGUAUACAGGGGCACCUUACUUUGCUGCAAUUGCGAGUCUUAAAGUGGGUGCUGACCUUUCCCAUGUCUUCUGCACUAAAGAUGCUGCACCAGUUAUUAAAUCCUACAGCCCGAAUGUCAUUGUGCAUCCUGUCCUAGACAGUUCCAGUGGUGUGGUGGAUGUGGAGAAAUGGUUUCCUGCUCUGCACACAAUGGUGAUUGGGCCGGGGUUAGGAAGAGAUGAGAAAGUCUUAGAGAAUACCAAGGUUAUAAUAGAGAAGUGUAAGCAGCGAGGGUUGCCCAUUGUAAUCGAUGCCGAUGGAUUAUGGGUGAUUGUCCAAGAACCCUCUGUGAUUCAGGGAUACAGUAAAGCCAUCCUAACACCAAAUGUCAUUGAAUUUGCCAGACUGUACAACACAGUGCUCAAGGGUCCUUUGGAUGAGUACGAUCACCAGGGCAACUUGCUUCAACUCAGCCAAGCACUGGGGAACGUGACUAUUGUCCAGAAGGGACAGAAGGAUCUAAUUUCAGAUGGAACCACAGUGCUGGUAUGCUCACAGCAAGGCAGUGGUCGGAGGUGUGGAGGUCAGGGAGACCUCCUUUCUGGAUCACUGGGGGUCCUUGCCCACUGGGCUUUCACCGCUGGGAACGAGAAAACAGAUGGGUUAAAUCCCACUCUUGUAGCUGCAUUUGGAGCCUGUGCCUUGACGAGGCAGUGCAACCACCAGGCUUUCCAAAAACACCGACGAUCAAUGACAACCUCGGACAUGAUUGUGGAGAUUAGUACGGCUUUUAACAAACUCUUUGAGAGCUAAUGGGAAGAAUCAGCUUUUGGCAGGAAAAGUGUGAUGAAUACUGUACUGAAGUGCCAGAGUUCAUGUGGUCUGCACUGGCUGUUUGUGGGCAGUCCCCAACUUGGCAAUGUCUCUGAUGAUUUUCUUGCUAAAAUGUAUAAGUCCAGCUGGCCAGCUACAGUUAAAAAACAGGAACCAGCAGUUACGAUGGGCUGAAUUCCUAUGAUUCCUAUCUCAGGAAUAAACACAUCAAAAUAAUGGAAAUAUUUUGAUGAAUAUAAGUGUAACUGCUGGAGUGGGGGACAGGAGAGCAGGUCCAGCAUUAUAAAAUCCAAUGCCUCGUUACCAUGCUUCAGCCUUUUAUGUUGGAUGAGUUGCUAGAGUGUCGAUUGAAGUUAAUUUCACUCUCUGAUCUAAAUAAAAACAUUACAGCAUUGUA